CGUUGACACUCAGUCACCGCCUUGUUUGACUAUAAUGUCGUUGCUUGGACAACUCCCAGCUCCAAUUCAAAAGGGUUCAGAUGACUAUGGAACUGCUUUAAACUUGAACGUGGGUUCAAGAGUCCUCGUUGCAAAAUCAACCAUCCCACCGUACGGACAUCGAAAAAACUGGGUACCACGCAAUCAGGAGGAUUUUUUAGAUGGAGGGGCGUUCCCAGAAAUACAUGUCCCUCAAUAUCCUCUUGGGAUGGGGCAGGAGAAAAGUGUAUCGAAUGCCUUGGUUAUCAAGACUGAUAAAGAUGGAAGAAUCAGAUAUGAUGAACUUGUUCGUCAAGGACACAGCAAAGACAGGAUCAUCUAUUCGAAGUUUUCAGACUUACUACCUAAACCGAUUGAUGAUGACGACCCAGAAUUCGACAAACCAAGUCAAGAGACUAUCGAAGAGACAACGGAAAAAACACGUAGAGCUCUAGAAUCAUUAGUGGAAAUGAAGGUUGCUGCUGCGGCACCUGUACGCCGAGCUGAAAAAACAAAUCCUGCUGAAUAUAUACGUUAUACACCAUCACAACAAGGUGCUGCCUUCAAUAGUGGAGCUAAACAACGCCUCGUCAGAAUGGUGGAAAUGCAGAAAGAUCCCAUGGAACCUCCUAAGUUUAAAAUUAACCAAAAGAUCCCUCGCGGGCCCCCUUCUCCCCCACCACCUCUGAUGCAUUCUCCGGCACGGAAAGUUACAGUAAAAGAACAACAAGACUGGAAAAUCCCCCCGUGUAUUUCAAAUUGGAAGAAUCCCAGGGGAUAUACCAUUCCGCUAGACAAACGGGUUGCUGCAGAUGGCCGUGGUCUUCAAACUGUUCAUAUUAAUGAGAACUUUGCAAAACUAGCAGAAGCACUUUAUACGGCCGACAGAAAGGCUCGUGAGGCUGUAGAAAUGAGAGCGCAAAUUGAAAGAAAAGUUGCUCAGAAAGAAAAGGAACGAAAAGAGGAGCAACUUCAAAGAAUCGCUCAGCAGGCUCGCGAAUCUCGAGCGGGUCUUCGUCGUCCUGGCGCAAUUGAAGGUGGAGACAAUGAUCCGGGACUACUUGACCGAGAAGAAUUAAGGCGUGAUCGUGCACGAGACCGUGCUAGAGAAAGAAAUUUAGCUCGUUCUAACAAUGAAGCCAAGGCUAAGAUUGAAAAGGACAAAGAGCGAGACAUCAGCGAACAAAUUGCACUUGGACUUCCUAAUCCGCGAUUUAACUCAACAAGCGAGAGCUUAUUCGAUCAAAGACUUUUCAAUCAAUCUAAAGGUUUAGACUCGGGUUUUGAAGGAGGUAAGUAAUCAUAUCAACUGUCUACUUCGUUUUAGGUGCGGAUGAUUUGUACAACAUUUAUGAUAAGCCAUGGAGAGGUGAUUCUGAAUUAGUAACCCAUAUAUACCGCCCACGCCAAAAGGAUACUGAUGCAUAUGGGACAGACCUUGAUGCACUUAAGAAGACUAAACGCUUUGUUCCUGAUCGUGAAUUUUCUGGAACCGAUCAUUCACGUCGUUUGGAUGGUCCAGUUCAAUUUGAGAGAGACGAGGAAGAUCCCUUCAAUCUUAGUAAAUUCUUAUCCAAAGUCAAAAAGGCCGAAAAACGCCCAGGUGAAGGUACCUCAGGAACAGAUAUCAGUAAUCGUGACACUACUCAUCGUAAAAGAGAUCGGAAGGAUUAAACCGCUCUUUUAUAAAUUGUACAUAUUGUUUAUGAUGAAAAAAUACGCAAAGUAUUUUCUUGACUUUGUUGGUGAACUGUAGUUGCAAAUUAUAUCAAUUUGUUACGCUUUCACUGAGGUUAAGAUACCUCCCUGUGUAUUUAAAGCCAAAUUAAAUUAAAUUGGAUAUGCUACAGUACAUAUUACUAGUCAAUAUUUCAUUGUUAAGUGUGUGUCGUUCUCUGUCAUCAUGGAAAUGUGUUUAUUGACUGACUUUUUAUUACUACAGUCGUUUGCAACAAUGUUUCAUAUUUUUUAAUAGUCAUUUUUUGGGUGCCGAAUGUUUUUUCCUCAAACGAACGUGACUACUGUUUGAACCAUUAAAACCUAUUUCCAUUUCUAUUUACGAAAGCGUGUUCCCUAGAGGAAUCCCCCUCAUUGUCUCCAACUUCUUAUGUUAUUAUUUAUUAUUUUGCUUGGUUUCUGAGAUUAGUUGUUACUCCAACGCACUUGUUAUGCCUAGUGGGGUGUUCGUUGUUCGAUAUCAUUAUGGCGAUUUGUAUCAACAGUUUAUUAAAAUAUUAGCUUUGGCAUAGCAGGUGCGACAGUGAAUGCACCAUACAAGGACCCCCAAAUGUCCUGGUAUGGCCGAAAGUGGAGUGGGCUCUCCCUCUCUCUAUUGUUGUCCCUAUCUUUAAAAUGGGUCCACGUGGUUUCUGUAACAACUAUCGGCGGAUAAGUCUACUUCCGAUUGCUUGGCUUCCGUCAUACUUCGUAGGUUGUUCAACACCCGAGAAAGAUUGACUCGCGAGGAGCAGUCUGGGUUUCAUUCUGGUCGAGGAUGUAUUGGUAUCUUCACCCUCCACCAAAUGUUAGAACACCGUCAUACUUAUCAAAGGCCAACAAUCGUAGUGUUUCUUGACAUCAGGGCUGCCUUCGGUUCGUUGGACAGGACUGUUCUCUGGGAUUGUCUAUUGAAGAAGGGUGUGCAUGAGAAGUUUAUUAACAUCCUAAAAGCCCUAUAUACAAACACCUCAGGCAGAGUGAGGGCAUACAACCACCUCUCUCCAUUGUUCCAUUCGGGCAGUGGGGUUAGGCAGGGUUGCCCAAUCUCACCAUUACUCUUCAACUUUGCCAUCGAUGACAUUCUGGAUACAGCUCUGUAAGUAAUGGUGGUGUGGAUCUGUUGCCUGAAGAAAGAAUUCUCGACCUUGAGUAUGCGGAUGAUAUUGUCUUACUGUGUGAUAAUGCUCAAGCCAUGCAAUCUGCACUUAAUCAGUGUCCGUAGGUAUGGUAUGUGCUUUGCACCUUCGAAGUGCAAAGUACUUCUACAAGACUGGCAGGAUUCUAAUCCUGUACUCACCCUGGAUGGUGAGCAGAUGAAAGUAGUCGAUAAGUUCGCGUAUCUGGGUAGCUGCAUAAGUGCUGGUGGUGGCGUGAGUGAUGAGAUCAAUGGACGUAUAGUGAAAGCCAGAGCGGCUUAUGCCAAUCUGGGCCAUCUUUGGAAGCUUCGUGAUGUCAGUCUAGCUGUAAAAGGUCGGAUCUACAACGCGUCGGUGAGAGCAGUUUUGCUCAAUGUUUGUGAAACCUGGCCUCUCCGAGUUGAGGAUGUUCGAAUCGCAUCCGAUCCACUUGAGGAUCGUUCACUUAUUCCUUUAAAUACUCAGGUGAAAUACAAAAAUAUUACAAUAUAUUCUGAUCCCGAAUAAUAUGUAAACUGUGUAUUAUAAUAAAAAAAACUGAGGUUAUUAACAAAUAAGUCGGUAUUAACGGGCUAAACAGUAGGGGAAAUUACUAUCAUAGUUUUCGUUGCUGUGGGUCAGGUGGGUUUCCUUUGGAAUUUUUGCUUCUGACGAUUAACGGAUACACUAUCUUAGUGACCCCCAAAUUUACUUGUACAGUUGAGGUUGAGGGGAGUCAGCUCUCUCUCUCUCGAAAUGCUCUCACAUGGUCACGCGUACACAGCCACUGCUAGGGAGGUCCUACUCACUGUCUUCUCGCGGCGGUGGUGUUGUUUACGAAAUUGAGAGGACGGAAAGCGAAUGUCCGGCGCUUUAACCGGGUUGGUGGAUAUGGGGGAUCCACCUUGGGAAGUCGGAAAACCCUGAUUCCAAACUAAUAGUGCACAUGGGCUCCACAAUCCCGAGGGAGUAAAUGGCGUAUGAAUUGAUUAGUGGUUACCGGCUACCACGGGACUGCAUCUCCUAAAAGUGCUACACUGCCUUGUGGAUCAGACCUUUAGGUCGAAUGCUCUGGGUGUGGCCCCCAUAUGGAAACCAUCUACUACGGUCUGGGCACCUGAGCAUUAUCACAGCCCACACACAAAUCAAGUGGCGCAUAUGUAUUUGGCGACCUUUUAUAUAAAUGUGCUCAAAUAAAUAUAUAACUGUCUCAGUGACAUCGUGCUUUUUGCAUAGUUUGAAUGAAAGGAAGUUUGAGCUUGAUAACUUACAGUUGUCGUAAAUGUUGUCUACAAGCAUCUGUAUGUAAGCCUUGUGGAAUUGUUUAUGAUGGGUAUUUUCCUCGUUUUUCACUGGGAUCAACCGAUAGGUAUCACGAAGUUGAAGAAAACCCAUAGUAACCCGGGUUUUUUAUUUGUUGUCGAUUACAGUUACAAAUAACUGUGAGUCAGGUAACAGUAUGCAACUCAGUAAUUUAUUACGAAUUUGGCUGAUGUAGUUCGCAUCACAAAUUGUAUGCAUGCAUUUGGUUGUCGAAAAGCUUAUAACAACUGUCUAGUUCAAUAUUUUCAAAUGUGCUUAUUGGCCAGAUAUGCAAAUCCCAUCUAAUUCGGUGUAUUUUGACGUAGUUUUUAGAUCAGUGAUGGAUUUAUGGUCGGUGCAUAACAAACUUACAGUCUUACCACAUAUCGAACAAUGUCAGUCCAUGUUAAGGUUAUACGGGGCAAGUAAAAUCAGUUGCUUCUGCAGUCUACAAAUAAUCAUAUCACUAUUUUUUCAAGUUAUUAAAGAUUCCUCAAAUUAGAUUAUAUUAGAUUAGCUUAGUAUUCAGCUGACUGACAUGAACAUGUAGUGUCAGUUAUUAUGCUAAGCCCAUAUACUUUAUUCUAACUUUCGGACAGCCCAAUGUGUUCAUUCUACUUGAGUCAUAUUUUGACCUUGUUAAUUAUUCGAUUAUCAGUCUUGACUGUUUUUAUAUGAGCGUAUAUGUGUGUACACUUCAUAUCCCAUGUCUGCAGUUUAUUUUGUCUGCCUAUAAAUAUUAAGUAACGCCUGGCUAAAAAUGAGUUGGCUAACCAGCCAUCUCUCCUGCGCGUCAUUUUGCUUUCUUCUAUAACAUUCACUUUACAUACAAAAUAUAUGUAUUCAAAGGCC